AUGGUCAAAGUGCUCCACGAGCGAGUAGAGACGAGUGGGAAGCUUUGCGGCAUCCCCUCGUGCGCCGUGCGCUGUCUGCCCCUUCAUAAAGUACCCAGUUCCCUCACCCAAAACAGCAUCGGAAGGAAGGUAUCAUUGCUCAACGACGAUUCGCACACUGCUGCCCUGCUGCCCCGUCUGCCGCCGCUGAGCGUCUACUACCGACCCACGCACUCUCCCUCGCCAAGUUUGGCUUCGACGCCUAGCGUUUCCCCACAAACUCCCCGAUUGGUGAGAAGCGAAUCGUCGGACUCUCGCGGACUUCCACCUUCACCUCUCACACCACCCCCAACAUCUUUCGACCAUCUGCACCACUCCAAGUCGGCCCACUCUCAUUUCUACAUCGGACCCGCUUCCUUCGCUAAAAUGGACGACUCGACGCCGUCCGUCUACCCACCAGUCCCCGAUGCCCAGGCUGUGGCGCCUUACCCAAUGCCCGCCUCUCAGGUCGCAUCAUCAACUGCCCCCAUCAUGUCGCAACCCAUGGCCCCAUCCUAUCGCAACUCCAACUCCCCUGUCUCAGAGUCGUCGCGCGCCGCUCCUGCUGCCAACAAGGCUUCGACCAAGAAGAACCAGUACCCCUGCCCGCUAGCAAAGGUCUACAACUGCAGCGACUUCUUCACCACAUCCGGACAUGCCGCCCGUCACGCCAAGAAGCACACUGGCAAGAAGGAUGCUUUCUGUCCUGAAUGCAACAAGGCUUUCACCCGCAAAGACAACAUGGAGCAACAUCGCCGCACCCACCAAAACGUCCGUGGUCCCUCCAAGUCGUCUGCAGAUGGUCGUGUAAAGAAGUCUACCAAGCCUGCACCGCGCAAGUCUGUCAGCGGACCCUUGGAGGCUGCUGCUGUUGCCCAACUGGAAGACCGUCCAUCGCAACAGCAACAACUGCNNCUCAACACCAGUUCCAAUCAAGCCAACAGCCUAUCAUGUCGACUAGCCCUUACUACAUCAACCCCGAGCCCANUCCAGCCUCUACCUCAACCAAUCUUGUCUGACUUCAACACAAGACCUCCGCUCUACCAUCGCUCGAACUACCAGAGCUCUCUUGAGUAUCUUACUCCUCAAAACGGCCUGGUCCAAGACCCCGACCUUCACUACAGCUACCCUUCGCCUGGUCUUUCAAAUGGCCUCGACACCCUUGCCUUGGCUGCGAGUGAUCACCGUCGCAUGUCUGGCGAAGAUUCCUGUUAA